AUGUUAAGUGAAUCAACAUACCUAAACUCCUUACUGCUGCCACACAAUCUAGUCCUCCAAAAAUCAUAUCCAUUUAAAUCAAAAACACGAAACAUUCAAAACCCAAGCCCUUCACUACUAGGCGACAAAGAAAAAUUUGAGAGUGUGGCAGAAAAAGACCCGCUGGCGGUGUCCGUUUGGCGACUUUAUACGAAAGCAAAGGAUACCAUGGCGGACGGUGAAAGACUAGAGAACUUAGUGUGGCGAGCUAU